UUUUUUCAUCCUGAAUAGGAGUAGAGAAGCAGUGGAGAUGUGCAGUGAUUUUGGAGCCCAUAGCCAUGAACCAGAGACACUUCCAGAGUCCAGUCAGCAUCUUCCUGAAAGGCACCUUGACAGACUGGAAUUUGGUGAAGGCUGACAGCUUCCUCACUGAGAGCUGGAUAUUGCAGAGCUCCCAGGCAGGACAAUCACAACAAGACACGUUGUUUCAACAGCUUGUAAGAUGGCUACUUACUGAAGAGCUACACAUGAUUGCUGAAGUGUCUCCAUCUGAAGUUUGGUUCCCCCACACUGGAAUUUUAUCCCCGCUCUCUGACACAGUUGCAGUCCUUACUCUAUUCUGCACUGAAAAGGCUGCUGAAGUUCAGAGAUGUCUCCUCCAAGGAGCUGUGACCGAGAGUUCUUUGCAGGACUAUGCCUUUCAUCUCCCAGAAGUUGUGAGCAGUGUGUUGAGUCAAGUUGAUACUUCAAUCAGAGAUGAUCUCGCUAGUUCUGAAGAGACUUCAGUCCCAGAGUGGGUCCAGCAAGAACUGUCCUGCGCAGAUGGCUGGAAUCCUGCAGUAGUUGAAGGGUGGUACUCUCUAUCGAACAUCUGUGGAGCAAGUUCAGAUUUAAUGGAGUCAUUCAGGCUGCUGCAGGCUGUUUCUGCUACUGAGAAGGAAGAGGCCUCCCAACCUGAAAUGGAGCUGACACACUGUCUGUCUGAAUUCUACCAGAGAAAAUCUAGUGAAGCAUCUGCCACAGCUGAGCCAAGGGACCACAAAAAAAGACGGGGGGUUCCCCGGACUCCUGUCAGACAGAAGAUGAAGACCAUGUCCCGCUCCCUGCAGAUGUUGAAUGUAGCAAGGCUAAAUGUAAAGGCACAAAAGUUUCAGCCAGACGGAGUGCCACCAGCAGCUGGUGAGAAGGUACCCCAGAAACUGUUACGGAGAUCAGAUGAUAAGCUGGAAGAAAAUCGAAGAGUGUUGAAAAUCUCCAUAGAUUUCAAAACUGAGGAGGAGAUGCUUUCCCAUUUAACUGCAAAUUACCAAGAAGCUAUAGUUAAUGGAGAAUUUCUGAUGUUUGUGUGUGCACGGAAUAUGGUCACAGCCAUUAAAAGCUUUCUGAAACCAAAAGAUGCCAAAGAAAGAGAGGUGGCCUGUCUGGACAGAGUCCGAAGUCAUCUCCUGAAGACCAGCAAAACCCUCCGACAACAGUAUGAUGUCAAUCCUGACAAGGAAACCAAAGUCAGAGA